AUGAUGCAGAGCGCGGCUGUCCCCGCGGAGGGGGCCGUCAAGGGGCUCCCGGAGAUGCUCGCUGUGCCGAUGCAACAGAUCCCCCAGUGCGCCGGCUGCAACCAGCACAUCUUGGACAAGUUCAUCCUAAAGGUCCUGGACAGGCACUGGCACAGCUCGUGCCUCAAGUGCGCAGACUGUCAGAUGCAGCUGGCCGACAGGUGCUUCUCCAGGGCGGGCAGCUUCUACUGCAAGGAGGACUUCUUCAAGCGCUUCGGCACGAAAUGCACGGCCUGCCAGCAGGGCAUCCCGCCGACCCAGGUGGUCCGCAAGGCGCAGGACUUCGUCUACCACCUGAACUGCUUCGCCUGCAUCAUCUGUAGCCGGCAGCUGGCCACGGGCGACGAGUUCUACCUCAUGGAGGACGGGCGGCUGGUGUGUAAGGAGGACUACGAGACAGCCAAGCAGAACGACGACUCGGAGGCCGGGGCCAAGCGGCCGCGCACCACCAUCACGGCCAAGCAGCUGGAGACGCUGAAGAACGCCUACAAGAACUCCCCGAAGCCCGCGCGGCACGUGCGCGAGCAGCUGUCCUCGGAGACCGGCCUGGACAUGAGGGUCGUGCAGGUCUGGUUCCAGAACCGACGGGCCAAGGAGAAGCGGCUGAAGAAGGACGCGGGCCGGCACCGCUGGGGGCAGUUCUACAAGAGCGUCAAGAGGAGCCGGGCAGGCGGCAAGCAGGAGAAGGAGAGCUCUGCGGAGGACUGUGGGGUCAGUGACAGUGAGCUGAGCUUCCGAGAGGAUCAAAUUCUCUCAGAACUUGGCCACACCAAUAGGAUUUAUGGCAACGUGGGGGACGUAACAGGCGGACAGUUAAUGAAUGGGAGUUUCUCCAUGGACGGGACACGGCAGCCCUACCAGGACCUGGGAGACGGGAGCCCCUACGGGGUCCCCCAGUCUCCGUCCUCCAUCUCCUCCCUGCCCACCCACGCCCCUUUGCUCCACGGGCUGGAUUACACGGUGGACAGUAAUCUGGGUGUGGUGGCGCCCGCAGGGCAGGGAGUGAACCACGCGCUGAGAGCUAUGGCCGGGGGGCCCACCUCCGACAUCUCCACGGGGAGCAGUGUAGGCUACCCCGACUUUCCCACCAGCCCGGCCUCGUGGCUCGAUGAGAUGGAUCACCCUCCUUUCUAA